AUGACUGGCAAGCUCCUUCUGUUGAUUCUCGUAUGUAUGGCUCCGGUACCCUGGGCAAGGGUAUACAACCAGGACCACAGUCUGGCCCAGUGUACCGUCGCCGGUGUCCUGGGUGUCUUUGCAGGUCUGAUGGCCUAUUGGGUGAGAUACCACUACUUCCCCUUGCAGGCCGAGAAGGAAUGGUGCGUCUCCAAGUGGUGUCUGGUGAGUGGGAAGCCCUGGGAUCCUUUCCUUCCGGAGGGUGAUGCCCUGGUCGCGGCUGCCAGUGGUGUGACGACCAUGGUCUCAACGACCUUGCAGGCGGGCUUCUCUUCGCUGGCCACGGCAGCAGCAGGCCACCUUUAUAAACAACAUUUGGCGGAACAUUUCUGUGGCAUAGGUGCGGAUAUGACCGCCGUGGAACUUGGGGUCUAUCAUGGAUAUACCACCUCCAUACUCGCCAACAUGUUCAAGAAGGUGAUCGCAGUGGAUGUGAACAAAGGGCUCAUUGAGAUCGCAGCCAAGACUUUGGGUGAACUGGAACAGGAAAACGUGGUGUUUCUGAUGAUGGAUUUGAUGGCGGAUGGUUGGAGCAAAUUCGCCAGCAACGAUGUAAAGGUGGUGGUCAUUGAUGCAGAUCACACCUAUGCCGGGGUCAAGCGUGAUGCUGGCAAUGCUUUACGCUACCUGCCAGAGUUGCAGUGGCUGGUCUUUCACGACACUUGGAUGGACCAGAUCGAACUUGCAGUUCAUGAAUUCGAGCAGCAGGGCACCGAUGUUGGCUUGGGAUUUGAUGGUUCCUCCUAUGAAUAUCCAACCGUGGACGAUCAACUUCCUGAUGGCGCGACCGGCAAAGUCACACGCAUCACCAUCCGACAGAAACCGGAGGGCAAGAUCUGUAGACGAUUGUUGGGCUCAGAGAUUGUUCAGCCCAACUUUAUCGAUCAACAGUUUAUGCUUUACAGGCAACCUAUCUCCACCACGAAGAUUUGCGCGACUGGCGCCUUCCGUUUUCAUGCGAAUCAUCGCUUGAAGACGGCCUAUUGGAAGUCGGGUAGCUGGAGAUAUUCCAACUACUCACAGGCCAGACUCUUAGUGAGGCUCCCGCGCAUGGCGGCCACACCGUUGGAGGCGCAUUUCAACUUGGACCAUAACGCCUUUCUGCUGACCUACGCGGGCCACGCCGCGGCGCAGUGGUUCGGCCUCUCGGUGAACUAUGCGGAUCGGCCCUUCCACGUCGCCAGAGCCUUAUUUUAG